AUUCUUCUGCACAGCCAAGACCCCAAACCAGGACUCCCAGUGUGUCGUCCUCUGAAGUUAACUUACAUUUUCUUAUGUGACUCAUUUCCUGUUUGCAGCAAAUGAGUCGCUUAUGUUUACAGAUGAAUCUCUGCUGAUGAGUUUUUUCCCAUCAUUUCCCCCCGUCAGCGUUAGCAUGCAUGACUCUGUGGGAGAGUCGCCAUCUGUGUGUGUGUGUGUGUGUGUGUGUGUGUGUGUGAGUGAAACAGCUAUUUUUAUCACAAGUCAAGGACUGAACCUUCUUGAAACAUGCAGAGUUCUGGCACCGUUUCCACUGACAUGAAUGCUGAAACAAGAUUAUUUGUUCUUACAGCUGUUUACCAUGAGGCUAAAUUAAGAAUGUUUUCUUGCAUAUAUUCUCAGUGCACGCUCCUGCUGCAUGGGAUUAACUAUUUCAUAAAGUGGAGAUGAAUUUGACCAGAGGACAGGUCAGGGAUGAACUGGGGCGAGAUGAUUCUACUUGUUUCUUACAUAAGGCCGGUAUAAUGCACUGAAUAGCGGCACAUUCAUGGAGAAAGGAUGUAUAGAUUUGAGUCAGUAGGUAAUAAUAACUUGGGCUAUAUAGAUGAGGCACAAAGGCAGGGUCAGAGUGGGUUUUUAAAAAGCCUGGAAAUGCAUUAACAUAAGCUUAAUUUAAAACCAUAUGUGAAGGAAAAUCCCGAGCCAAUAAGCACCUAAUCUAUAUACAGUGCAGAGUGGGUGCUAAUCUGUUAAGCACAAACCAAGAUAGUCAAAUCUUCCAGAGUAAUUGGCAUGCUUUAGCAUCCAUGCCAGAAUUUACAACCCUUUCAUUAUUUUGGGUAAUUUUUUCCUAUUUCUGCGUUUUGAGUUACGUAAGGUUUCCCUUUCAGGCAGAAGCAGUGCAGUUUUUUUUCAUCAGUGUGUGCACGCUGCUGUGGAUAAGCUCUCUUACUGCGCGAUUAUUCACCUCUUUGUAUGUCAUCCAGCUGAGGCUCUUAGUCACACACAAGCAAUGCAGCCAUGCAGCUUCCUCUAGUGCGUACAUACACAACUCUCUGCCUCCCUGUCUCACACACACACACACACACACACAUCCCUCCGCUCUGCUGUCUUCUUCUCUGUUCUGCAUCCAGCCACGCAUGCAAACACACUUACUCUAUGGAUGGCACACACACACACACACACACACACACACACAAACGCACACACACAGCCUGCCAGGCUUGGGAGCAUCAAGUCCUAAUCUAGGUCACAGCAUAAGCCCAGAGGUAUCCUGGUCUCUACACACACACACGCACGCACACACACACACACACACACACACACACACACACUUUGCAUGUUUUUUUGCAUAUAAAAUCCAUUUUGACUCGACUCAUUUUCCCUUAAAUUAACCAUGAAAAGAUUUGAAUUCUGACAACAGACACACCUCACUUCCCACUCAGAAGUCUUUAAUAAAGCCAAUGAAUUUCACAUUUUCCCAAAAACCCCGUCCCCGUUUCAUCUCCUCCCUCUCCUCUUCCAAAUAACCUAAUUUGUAACGGCUCUCAUGAUUGUCACAAGGCCAUCGUUUCCGUGAUUAAGUGCACUCUGGUGAUCUCUCUGCAGCAGAUCACUGAAUCAACAUCCAUUUAAGCAACACUUGAAGCGAGCACUGAAGCCUGAACUGAAUCGAUUAUUUGGUGUGCGAUCUGCUCACAUGAAGACGCGUACGGUCCUUCGCAUUCUGCUGCAUUUUUUUGUGUGCAUCGUUGCUGCAGAAGCACCAUAGGAUCCCUUUGAUCUGACUUCGCCUGACAGCGUACCAUCCGAGAUGCGACCGUGUGUCACAGCACAGAAAUAGAGGAGCUUAUUUCUUUACAUCAGUCUCUCCAGCCUUCUAUAAAUAUUCCAAAGCUCUCUGUUCUCUCGCUUUUUCCUUUUUCUUCCGUCUUGCUGCUUUCUCUGUUCUCCCCCUCCCUCUCCCUUUCUUCCCCCCUCUCUCUCUCUGUUUGUCCAUUUUUUUCCUACACACUCUCAGCCUCCCACAUCUUCCUUUUUUCCCUCUGCUCUUGUCGUAUAAUGUGGAGAAAUGUGCCUCUGUUCUGUCUAGAAAGAGGCAGAACAAAAACAACUGUGCUUGUACGGUUUGUUUUCUUUUUCCCUAUUCAGUAGGCAGACAUAAAAAUAACCCUUCCCUUCUUCCUGUUCUCACUUUUCUAUCCUACAAAAUGACACCAAUCGAGUACAGUUUGAUCGUUGAAAACAGCCUUUAAUCUCAGCUACAAUUGCCCUGAUUUGAAAAUAGGGAGAAAAAGAGGGCGAGCAGAUUUUCAUCCAUUGCCUCUGUCACUUCGAUGCUGCUGUUCCCAAAAUGUGAGCGCACAGUGCCGUCCUCUCUAACCUAUCAGUGUGGGAAGUAAGCGUGCCACCUAUGAAGUCAGCAGUCCCCAACCCCCACCCUGAACACAUGUUCAACAUCCUCUGGGCACAGGCUGAGCACAGCACUGAGACACAGCUGAGAAUAGGAGAGAGAGAGAGAGAGAGAGCAGUGAAGUGGAAAUAUGGGUGAGCAUCAGAGAAAGACAGAAAUAGAGCAAUAAAGGAGUGAAUUAGGCAGAGUCAGAGCGAGGAAGAGGAGGAGGAGGAGAGUGUUUGAGUGAGGCAGUGAUGCUUCGUGCGGACUGGGUUGUUUUCUCGUGAGCUCUCGUCGAGCGUGGAUGUGAGAAUCUCGUGGAUUUGAGCCUCAUUGGAAUUCAUUGCAUCUGGAUUUGAAGCAGCUGCACUGUGAGGAUGUGUCCGAGGCUGGAUGUUUGGAUCCAUGUGGGCCUGUGACGUCUGCGCCCCCCUCAGUGGUUAGCUUCUUCUUCUUCUUCUUCUUCUUCUUCUUCUUCUUCUUCUCCUCCUCCCCCAUAAGGAUGUCUCCGUCAGCUCUGACCCAGAUUGUGGAGCGGUGGCUCCUCGCCGUGCACUGCUCCUCCUCGGGUGGUCUGUGAACGCGAUGCUGUGGCCGGGGCAUGCUCUACACCUCGACCGAGAGAGCUCAGCCUGCUGACAUCUGUCUCCGUGGUUACACACAGCAACGAGAAGGCUACGCCACCAACGCUGAUCCACAAUAAUAAUCCCCAGCUGGAGAACAAACAGCAUCUGGGCGAGGAGAGGAAGGAGCGGGAGGAGUCUCAGCAGGGUGGGCGGCAGAUGGUUACACUGCAGCAGCACUUCUCCAGCAUGGAGGAGACGGUGCGAACGCUAUUACAGAACCAGGACUCACUGGAGGGGCCCAAAGUGGACCCCCUGGACCUCAUGAAAGCAUACAAGGACAAACUGCUGGAGGAGAUGUGGAAGCAGCAGGACAGUCUGGAGGGUCCCACAGCCACAGCAGCAGAGAUGGCUGCCUCGCCCGAGGCCGGCGGAGGGUCAGAGGAAGAUUCAAAGGACAGCAAUCCUCUGCUCGAGCGACUCCGAGCCCUGGAGGCGGAGAACUCUGCUCUGUCGAUGGAAAACGACAACCAGAGGAAGCAGUACGAGCGCUGUCUGGAUGAGGUGGCGAACCAGGUGGUCCAGGCCCUCCUCACACAGAAGGACCUGAAGGAGGAGUGUGUGAAGCUGCGGACACGCGUGUUUGACUUGGAGCAGCAGAACCGCAUACUGAGUGUGCUGUUUCAACAACGGGUCAAGAUGUCCACGAAUCCCGUCUCCCAGGAGGUCCAAAGAAAUGGAAAGGCGGGUGUUCCUGCAGGAAGGUGGCCCAGCCUGCUGAGUCUAACAUGCCCACGCAGUAGUGGUAGCGGCAGUGGUAGUGAACUGUCACUAUCCAGUGCUUGUAGUGAGUACUCCAGCGGCUCCCACACAUGGGCAGAGGGGCGUGGAUUCUCCAAGCAGUGUGGCAUAAGCCGGGAUAAACGGAUGAGUACAGGUUCUGUAUCUAGCAAUAAUUCUGCAUCCAUCGAACAGACAGAGCUGGGGUGGAAGGAAGGACACAUUCUGAAAGGUCUGAAGCGUCUCCAGACAAGCUCAAAAGAGGCAUCCUCCAUUGCACCUGUACCACACUGCAAAGACUGUAUGACCUUUAAUGAGGGCAUAUACUCACUUGGUGUGAAGUGUGGCCAACAAGGAAGCACAGCCAAACAGGUAGCCUCAACAAGUACGCCUGUCAAGUCCGGUAUUGCUGCCCUUGACUCUGAUUACACAGAGGAAGAUUCACCUAAAUUACAAAGAACUGAAUCCAGUGACCAACCAACAAAUGAACCUCUUGGUUCGGAGAAGAAGUUUGAGAAGUUUGAUAUCCCAAGAGAUGACGACAACAAUUAUCAAGAAGAUCCUGUGAAACUUGCAAGGGAUUCUGGUCUUUUCCCCUCACCUGUCGCUGACAACAUCUUAUUUCUGGAAGGCCCCACAGUUCAACCUGGUGUUAGCCCAACAGAGAGCCUUACAAAUUUGGAGCAAAGAAAGGAUUCACUUGAAAAAAACAAGCCUUCGGGGAUGAAGCUAAGUGACAAAAACAAUAACCAGGAAAGGUCUACUGACCGUAAAUCCAGACUUGAUCAUGUCAAAAGACAAGAGGGCAAAUUUGCAGCCAAGCAGGACGAAGCAGGAACGAGUGAUGUGAGUGCUUCUAUUCAGAACUCUGCAACAAGAGCUCUGAUUUGUGUGAGUGCAGCCAGACAGCGCAGCUCCUCCAUGGAGGUUCCUCACUGCAGGGAUCAGGCCAUUCAAGCUGGAGGUGGAAGCCACAACCACACUAUCUCAGAAUCUCCUCAAAGAAAAGCCAAACCUCAGCUUUGUGACUCAGCGAGGAAAGCUUUCAUUCUGCGGAGCAAGAGUGCGGAUGCAGGACAAGAACAACCUAAGCAUACACAUUCUCCUCUCCACCAAAAGCUUAUCAAGGGCCACAGGCCCAAAGGACAGUCAACCCCUCCUGUGCAUAGUGUCUCCAACAAAAGGACCACUCUUACUAAAACCCAUGGAACAAGCAAGGGAGCUUUACCUCAAGUGGAGAAAGAUGAGGACUCUGCUGUAUCAACAAGUUCCAAGUCUCUCAAGAGUGUGCAACAGUGUUCUCCUCUUGCUUCCCCUGUGAAAAAUUCAAAGACAUUUAAACCUCAAGGGAUCAAUGAAUGCUCAAAGAGCCCAACAAAACUACCUUUGCAAAUGACAAGACCUCAAUCGAUCAAUGACUCUGUGGAAGAAGGCAUUUAUGAUAACCUGCCCUGCUCUCCACGAAAACAACGCCGCCAAGACCAGCACUGUGAUGCUUCCCAUCCAGAACUUAGGUCCCCAUCUCCACCACCACCCCCAGGUCGGACUUCUUCUCUGGUUCUUAGACCUGGUUGUGACAGCUCACCCAAAGCACAGAUAUCUGCAGGUCAGGCUCGGAGUUCUACUACUGGGAAGACAUCAUCGAGCACCACCAAGCCACAAUCGAAUCAGCUUUCUGCUGCUUCACAACCUCAACAUUUUAACACAACAAAAGACAAUCUACAUUCAGCCCCAGGAAUGAGCGCAGAAGGUAUAAAAGAAAUCCCCACCAAGCAGUACCAUACCAACUCAUCCAAGAUACCAACCGUCCCAGUUCAAGAGUCACAAGCUCCAGAGUCAAUCCAGUCAUCUAUGGAAAGAUGUGUGACUUGUCACUAUGAAAAUGGCCCUCCUGUUAUGUUGCCAAGUCAGAACAUUUUACAAAGAUCCCAACAGAGCAUCAGUGAGCCAAAACUUUCAGAAGUCUUGCCUCAGGCGUAUUCUAAUGUUUACUACCAUGGGAUCGCAAAUAAUCCUCAAAGUUCCACCUCAAGAGCUGUAAAAAUGGCUCAUCCAGUAAAUGCAAAAUCUCAUGAAGCUAUCUCUGGGCAAGACACCAACACGUUCUUACUUUUUGGAAGGCAGAACAAGGAUAAUACAAACCCCACUCCAAAAAAUGUCCAGAACUUUCAGACGUUUACGUGUGAUCCCCAGAUGAUGCAUGAGUGUGGAGCCCAUGACAAAGCCCACAGAAAGAUUGAGACCCGUUGUAACUCGCUGGAUUCUGAGCCCCCAGUUCAACCCUUCCCAUCAGACAGUGGUGUGAUGCUGGAUUGGGGAUUUGAUGAAGAGGGAUGGCUGUUUAAACGAUCUGUGUCUGUGUCAACUAGGCCUCCACUUAAGCCAGUGAUGGGCAUGAAUGGAGCUAAGGCUCGUAGUCAGAGCUUUGGUGCUCGCUACAUGGACAGACCAAGCUUCAACAGAUCUGGAAAGGUCCGUACCCAGAUCAAAACACACUCAGGGAGCUCCUUGAACUCUCUUAGCGAUGUCCUACCAGGAAGUAUGAGCUGCUCCAGUAGCUACCAUUGCCCAAUGAAUCGAUCCCUUCUAAACAACUUCUUGAUUGAAGAGGGUCUUGCGGUUCCCCCACAUUUGGGGUCCUCUAGUGAAAGACUUCAAAGUCUUAAACUCCAACGAGAACAAGCUAGGCGUCUUCAGAUCGAGCAACAGUUUUCAAGCGCCUUCGGUGAGCCUGUCUCUGAAGAACCAGAGAGACAAAGUACCAUAACCACGAUCGAAGAGAAAGUGAUGCUGGGCAUAGAGGAGAACUUGCACAAGACUCAGGAACAGGAGAGGACCAUUGAAGUGAAGCAAAAAUCUGGGUCAACUUUAGCAAAUUGGUUUGGUUUUCGGAAGAGUAAGCUUCCAGCUCCAAGCAGCAAAAAGACUGAUCCACCGAAAGUGAAGGAGGAGAAGAGGGAGCAGAAGAUUACAUCACUUCUUGGAGGAAAGCAGACAAAGUUGGACAAAAAGAAAGACAGAAGAAAAAGUGAUGGAAAAGACAGCUCUGUGGGGAGGAGAGAGUCUCAUGAUGCAGUGCGGGCAUGCAUCUCAAUGCCCUGCCCAGGAAUGUCCCUGAAUGAGAUGCAAGGACACGUUGAAAUUAUCGGGGACCCCAAGAUGCAGAUGAUGAACCUGAGAGCUGAAGGAGAAAAUGGAUCCACUGUGAAGACCCCCAAACAGGAUGCUGUGAUAGGCCCCGGCUGCAAGAUGCGAACGUUGGACAGUGGAAUUGGGACCAUCCCCCUUCCCGAAUCCUGUUCCUUCUUCUCCUCCAUCCUGCACCUCCUCCCCAAAUCCUCCUCCAUCCCUGAGCCGUCCCUCAGUCCUCCCAGUGUCCCAAGUUCCUCCAGCGAGGACGUGUCUCCUUCCCCGCUACCCCGAUGGAGAAUCCCUUCCGGUUUUAAGGACGGCAGCCUUACGGGGGUGCCGAACUCCCUCUCCGACUCCUCCAUGACCCAUAUCCAGUCAGUGCCUUUCCCCACUGUGGCCUUCCUCCAGCCCAUCCAACCCCCGCCUGCACCCGUCAUGACGUCUGCCCGUGUGUGUGAGACCCAGAACAGGCUGCCCAGACCGCCACCAGAGUUGAGGAGCUCCAGAAGCUCGACCAGGGACAGCUGGCCGAUCACGCCGGUGCAAUGGAACCAAAGAAAAUGACCUACAUCAAAUCCAAAACACGAGCCCCGCCAAGCCAACAGAAAGAACAAACACGACUUCAGCUCGCCAACUAGUCCAUGAAGCUAAAUGAGUCCAGCUGAAGUCAGGAAUCAGGCAGCCGGCUGGAUUUAUCUCUCUCUCACACACACACACACACACACACACACACACACACACACACACACGGAGGAUCCCCACAUCCCACAGUUUGGACACUCUGCAUCAGGAUGAAAUGCUCACAGCUGGACAAUGAGUGAGUCUGGCUUCCACCUGUGCUCAGUGUGGAGCUGAGAUACUGAGCAGCCUUUCAGGAUGCAGCAUUGAAGCUUCUGGUCGUCAUUUUGGAGCUCGUUGGCAUCGUCUGUGUGCAGAAGAUGGAAUUUAAAAUGUAGCAGCUCUGCCGUCUCUGGGCUGGAGUUACACACACGUGGAUUUCUCUCUGUCAUUUCCCCCCUUUGCAGAGCAAUUUGACAUAAACAUGGCAGAUACUUUUGUUUUGGUGAUAACAGGUCCGCUUCUGUAGCGUUGUCAUGGCAUGUCUUUACCAUUUAACACAAGCUGAUUCUUGUACUGAGGGCCCAGUGUAAGCAGAUGCUCGUGGACAUUAGCUUCAUUUUCACAUCGCUAAGGAAAGAAUCAUUGUAAUUUUAAAGCUAAGCUAACUGCUCCUAAGCUAACAAUAUAUGAUAAGUACCAAGAAGAAUGAAAGGCACACAACUGUCAUCUUUCAAAAGACAUCCCAAACAUUUUAACUCAAACACCAUCAUAAGAUAAGAGUCACAUUAAACAACAUUCAAUCACAUUUUUUUACAUUUUGCUUUGGGUUAUACAUAAAGCAGACAAUGAAAGGACGCCUCAAAUACACAUAUUUAUCAAACAAACAUCAAACUACUGAAACUUAUGAAAGUGUUUUACUUCCUCUGCCUCCUCUUGAAAUGAAACAAUGAUGAGGGUGGUUUUGGUUUUGUGUCGGGAACAUGAAUCCAAGCACAGGGGAACAUCUUGGUCCUGGAUAAAUACUGGAAAACAGAGUAGGUCUACAUUUAACAUUUAAACACUUACAUGCACUUCAGAAAGCAUGAAACUGGACUCAACAGCUGGUCGCAACGAUAAAACUUUGUUCUGCAAUCCAGACCAAUCAGAACAGGCUUUGUCUGUAUGAUCAUACUCCAUGUUAAGUCGGCGACACACUAGACGAUUUUGGGCCUGAUUUGACCCUGAAAACAAUCGGGGGGGCGUGGCCCGAUUUGAGGCUGGUCGUAUCUGAUUUUUCUGUCAAAAGAUUCCUCAAGUGUGGGGUGUCACUACGAUUAUUUUACUGCUUCCAGAUUUUGUCGGAGCCUCCCCGAUCUUGAAUCAAUUCCAGGUCAGACUGCCUCCAACAGAUUACCUGCAUCAGCCAAUGACAGCGAGCAGACUUGAAAGCAUCACCAAACCGGAUGUUUGGUACUAUGACAACUCACCCUCAGCUCCCGUUGCAAAUUGUAUAAAGCCACACAUAAUCUGCCUGCAAAACAAAACACACAGCAGGAGAGCCAAAGUCGAUCUUCUUCUAUAUUUUUUUCUUCUUCUGAAGUCCCGUUUGAUCUCCUGUCUGUGAAAUCUUACCACAGAUGGCAGGUGUGUGGUCUCCCGGCCUGGCCGAGAUGUUCAGUGUGUGUGUUCAGAGUAUUAUAAUAUUUAAAACCGGUUGAAACCAUCCUUUUGUCUGUGGUCUCCAACAUUUUUUAAAUGGGGUAAGGUUUGAGAAUCGUCUAGUGUGUGGCCAGCUUUACUCUGAUUUCUGCAUUAAAAGAAAAUGUUCCAGUGAGUGUAAUCGGUAAUGUGUGAGCCAGUGUGUUAGAGUUAAGGAGCCAGAGUGUCCACAUGUGUUUUAAUUAACAUCCAAUAUUCAAACUACAAUGUUAUCUCAUUCCAGACUUUCUGCACCAAAAAUGAGACCAUAUUCAUACUCAUACUCAGACCAUACUCCAACUCAUUUGUGACAAGAUAAAAGUCAGGAUUUGUGAGACUAGAAAUGUAAGUCCAUUUUCAAGUGGUUAUGAUUUAUGAGUUCAACAGAUACAGGACUUUCAGCCAUGAGACCAGAGUUUAAGUAUCGUAGAAACCAAAUAAAAAUGACAUAUUUUUAAUACGACGCUUAAUGUCACAUCCGAAACAUACAUACCUAACGUGACACCAAUAAGAAGUUUAACUCGUGUGAUUAGAUACCUUGUUUUAUCUGUAAUGAAGACGUAUACAAAUAUCGACUUUUUACCGAGGUUAACCUUGGAGGGAGGCUAACUCUGUGAUUGAAUCUUUUAGUCUCAACGAGCUCUUCAGAAAAAACCUUGCAAGCUGGUCAGCUACAUGAUCCAGCCGCUAAUUUUAUUCUAUGUUGUGGGGCAGUUUGAGUCCAACCAACCAUGCCAGAAUAUGCACCGUAUUAUAUCAAAAUGUUUAUUGUUCCAGGUUGAACAUUUAAGUAACUUUGCACAAGAGGAAACCGUUGCAGCGGUCACUUUUGGAGAAAUAUAUCACAAAGACCUCCUCUAAAAUCCUGCAGAGCAAAGAUCAUUAGCCCGCCAUGUUUGAACUUUGUGUGAACAUCUUCUGCUUUUGAUCUAACAACUAUCUCAACUACAAUACGUAUCAAAAACAUCACACUGAACCUCGUAAACUCAAAGACUGCACACUUUCUUCCUGAGGACCUUUUAUGUACAGCACUAACUACUGAUUGACCCUCAUGAGCUCGAUACCUGACUGAGUAAUGUGAUCUUUUAAAGUGUGCACUAUCUUGUUGGAACCUUUUUUAUUUUAUUUAUCGUCACAAUGUUGAUUAUAUAAACUUGCAUGAAACCACCCUACGGCUUAUUCUAAACACAGAAAUGCAUCAUGUGAAUCUGUUAUUCAGAUAUGAAGAGUUUCAUUACAGGAGGGAAAAAUAACGAUCUGAUUUCUAGAGCAAAAAUAAUAUCACUCAUUCACUUUCAUGCAGCAUUUUUGGGGGGUAUCCCUAUGUUCCCUCAGUCCUAUGUUUCCUCAGCCCUAUGUUUCCUAAUUUCUAUGACAUUUUCAAAAUUAGGCCCUAUGUUCCUCAGCCCUAUGUUCCUCAGCCCUAUGUUCCCUCAUCCCUAUGUUCCCUCAGCCCUAUGGUCCCUCAGCCCCUUGUUUCCUCAGCCCAAUUUCUAUAACUUUUUCCCCUAUCAAAACUAGGCCCUAUGUUCCGUCAUACUAAUGUUCCCUCAAGGAUGAAUCACUGGUGUGUAAAGACCUUUAUGCUACAUUCACAUUAAAAGCGAAAAUCACAUCAAUUGCUUAAGUUAAGGAAUAUCGGGCUGGGGUAACAUAAACACGCUCCCAUUUCAUUCUCACUAAUGAAACUCUCCAUAAAUGUUCUGAAGUUUGCAUUUUUCUACAUGAUCCCACAGUGAUGACAUCAGGACAAAGCAGUGAGUUUUGCAUGUAUCGUCAGUAAUAAAACACCCAGUAGGCACAUUGUAGAAACAUUGUCGUGCUAGCUCAGGGAAAAUGCCAUUUAUUGUCUCUGAUAGAUGCUGUGGAUUCAAUAAGUCAACCUCAUCUUCACUGCACCAGUUCUCACUGACGCUGUUUAAGGAUAUUUACCUGAAUAUUUUCCUCCCGUCUGUUUCUGUCUGUACAUUAACCUGUAGAAUAUCUCACCGCGGUUGCUCAGUUACUCUCUAAAUUACGUGUGCUGUGUCCUUUCUAGUACUGUUUUCGGUGUUUUGAAUGCAUCCCGACAUAUUUGGCAGUUUUAGCUGCUUUUGCAAUGUUUUUUACCCCCCUCACACCUUUGUCAGCUUCCUGCCUUUCAUGUGUAGAUAUUUGCCAAAACGCAUAUUGCCAAACAAACACUGCUUGGAGCUAAUCGCGCACACAGGAAAUGAAUGCAACUAAAUCUACAUGUCUGACUAUAGCCAUAUCACUUUGGAGCAUUAGAGGCAGUUGAUGUAGUGCACUGUACAGUUGCACAAUAUCACAACUCAUGUCAUCUUACUGUAUUUACCUCCUCUUUGAAUCACUUGCUACAUGUAUAUGUUGAAGGUAAUGUUUGUAAAACUAAAGCUCCUGUUAAACACACAGGUGAGAUAUGUAGCGUUCACAGGUGAGGCGAGGUGAUCAGGGAACAGAUUGGCUGUAUCGAUACGGGUAGAUGGAGCAUGGCGUCUGUGUUUUAAAAGAGAAAACAGCUCACGUAUUGAAAGAGCGUCACUCUCACAAGAGUAUUGUAUUUUUCUAAAGUUUACUCGAAACGCCCUGUAUUUGUACUCUGCACUGAUGAGUGUAAUUUAACAUUUAUUGCACAUAUUCUUACUCACUAUUACAGUUAUGCUCCUUCUAAAUGUGUUUUUUUUUCAGAACCCAAUAAUAACAGUGAUGUUUUUUGUGUGACAGUCACCUUAGCAGUUCAAACUGAGAAUUGUAUAUUACUGAUAUUCUUUGUUUUAUGUAAAAGAAGAAGGAAAAAUAAACUAUUUCAAUACUUA